AUGAAGUUCACUACCGUCGCUGCGAUCCUCGCUUUCGCCUAUGCUGCCGCUGCAGCUCCUCAGGGCCAAGAGGGUGGUGAUGGCCAGCAUGGCCAGCAUGACCAGGGCGAGGAUAAGACAAUUAUUAAGGACUACUGCUGUCCAGUGGGGGUUAAUGGGUAUGGUCAGGGUUAUGCCACACUAGGCGGAGCAGUUGGAUGCUCUGAGCUCAGGCCCAGAGGGACCUGCACUGAGGACUGGCCCGUUUCCUGGUCAUGCUAUGAGAAGCCAGGCAGCUCUAAGGGUCCAAGUGGACAGGUGUGCUUCUGCACCGCGUCUGACAACUGCCCGGAUAGUCCUUCUUUCCCUAGCCUUCUGGAUUCAGUUUCCGCUCUUACCGGUGCUAUCCCCGCCUUGUCUCGAUAG